AUGGGAAAGAAAGUUAUUGCUAAAAGAGCAUCGCGUGAAAAGAUCUAUAAACUUUCAGGAUAUCCUAGACCAUCAACUCGUUCUCAAGACACCACUUUCACUCCCUCACCUUCUCCUCCUACUUCUCCUCCUCGCACUGUUCCCAUGGCACGGACCAAGACCACGCUACGUUUUCCAGCCCCUGCCAAGCCGACGCCACCGCCUAAGGUAGCGCUAACCAAACCAACUUCCUCGAAACCUAGUUCAUCCAAGGGUAAGCGUCCUGCUAUUGAAGACCCUGUUCCUGAGACAGCAAAAUCUAAGCCAAGGUCUGUUCCUGUGCGUUCACAAAGAGUGAAACAGGAAAAAGUACCAACUCGAUCUGAGAGAGUGGUUCUAGAUGAUGAUGAUGAUGAAGAGUUCACUCCGGAUGACUCUCCUCCUCCUUCCACCGAGGGUACUUCCAUCUCUAUUGGGAAGCAAUCCGCUCUGCUGAAUGAUAGAGAUCAGGCCACUGAGGAUGAGGAAGAAGCUGUUUCGGAGGGGAAUGGUCAUGAAUACUGCUGCUGCUGUGGUCUCAUUUUUUUGACUGCUGUAGAUUUUAAUAAUCUUGACUUGCAAAUGUUUGCAAAUAUUGUGAAUAAGGCCAAAAUUCAACAACCAAAAUGGAAUGAAAAGCAAUCAGCAAGACUGGUGUAA